UUAACUAUUACUAUACUCUGAAAGGUAGACUGCAUCUUGAAAGUUUUAUAAAUUCUGAAGAUUGAAUUCGAACGUGUUUGAACAACUUGCGAUUGUUAAGUACUAGGGAUCGCCGCGCCGCAUGAAUUCCGUUGAUGGAGCUGUACCAACAGUUCCUUCUGACUGAAGAUAUUCUCAAGAAUAUUAUAAAUGAUGCGAAGCAGAACAUUCAAGCGACAUUCAAAGAAAUUACUGCUGCUUUGGGAGGCAUUGAAACCCAUGUGGAUGGCGAUGUUUUGAGUGAAGACAUUGAGAAACAGGUUGACAAAACUGAAGACCCCCUGCUAAAACCAGUAGUUAGUCAAAAGCGGAAAGUAAAAACGAGCAUUCACUCCGCGAGAUGUGAGCACAGCCCUCUAAACCGUUCAAAACUAAACCAGGUAGUGGAGUCGCAUAAAUCGCCGACCAAGUUGUUAAAGAACUCCAGAAAGUUAAGUAAGCAGUUGUGCAUUGCGAAAGAUAGUCCGAAGCAAACGGAACUUAAAGAUAUCUUUCAGCCAAGUGAUAAUAUCUGCGAUCUGAAGAGCCAUAAGCCCCAGCUUUUAGAUCCAAGCAUCCUUCAAACAACUCUCUGCCCCACAAAUAAAAAAAGUCUGAUUUCAGCUUAUAUUUCCAACUCCGAACCAGUAAACGAGUGGACUACCAAUGUUGAGGAAAGAAAGUGUGAUCAAAUUAACGAGAGCGAACUUUAUAUCUCCAAAACUGGGGACAUACAAAUAUCUGCUCAAAAGUUGUCAGGAAAGAAAAGAACACUAUCGAUGGAUACUUCAGAUUACCAACCACUCGUUAAACGUACCAGUUUUAACAAGACAGGGUUGAAUGCAAAGUCAAAACAUAAUGUCGAAGAUGAGGCGUCGCCGAAUGAUGAACAGUUACUGAAUCUGACUGUGUCUUUAGGUCAUGCUCCUGCAACUACAACAUCGUCCUACACUAAUACCACAAAGUCUCCUAGCCUCGAGUCAGCUACUUCGCUUUCCGAUUCAUCAAGUGCUCCCCCACGAAGUAAUAUAAAUGGCAACAAUAGUACAUUUGUAAGCAAAUCACCAUUUGGUGACUUAUCAAACAUACAGAAAGUGCCGUGCCCUUCCAUAUUUUCAACUGAAACUCAAAUGAAACACAUCCCAAGACUUCCAGUUCCCGCAACUGAUAAGAGGAUUACCUCUCUUGAAAACAAAGCUGCUAGUACUUGUGGCAAAUCGCGUUUGUUUUCAUCCACUGAAAGAUUGGGUGGUGUUUCGAGGCUCAAUUCUCUAAAUCAUCCCACUCAGGCAUCAAAACCAAGAACAGGUUCGAAGUUAAAUUCCAUCAACGAAAAAGUAUCCGUUAAUACAUCCAUAAAUGGUUACUCUAAUAAGCAGAAGAAUCGAUCAGGUUCCGUUUUAUCUGAUAAGGAACAGCGUAUGGAAGCCAAAAGGCAAGUUUUUAUUGAACAGAUGGAGAAAAGAGAAGAGCGCCUGCGAGCUUUCCAGGACGCUCAAAAGCAAAAAAUGGAAGCUCGUAAAAAGGCGAAUGAAGAACGUUUUCUUGCUGUCCAACAACGAUAUCAACAGAUGCUGCAGGGAAAUCAUCUUCAACUGAAAGAAAACAAUACUUCUGUUACAUCCGUCCAGCCAAGUAACGUAAGUGCUAAACCAUUUCAGACUACUACUCUACUGAAAAAGUGUAAUGUAAAUUUAAAUCCUAUGGAUCAUACUACGUUAAAGGUACUAAAUAAACCUGUUACAAUGAUCAAACAAACUCAACCGAACACCUGCCCAAAACCCCAGCCGGUUUCUAAACUCAAUGUAGUCCAACAACCGAAACUGCAAAAUGAAGAGAAAGAAACCAUAACUCAAAAAGUGUCACUCAUAAGCAGCCCACUUGUCAAUGGCUCUUUCGACAUAUCACAGCUGAAUUCUGAUUCGGAAUCAGACGACGACGAGCCAACUAUGAAAGUUCCUGGUUGGUGUCGUAAAGGAAACCCUGAAAUGAUAGCGGCAAUGUCUGAUGUUUACUCGAACAAACUAAAAUGGCAAAAUGAAUUCCUACCUGCAUCUAUGAUAACUUUUGAUAUUGGUGAUGUAUUCCGUAAUUAUCAGUAUACCAUUCGACCACGUACAAGCAGCGGUAUAUGGAAUACUCCUCCUGGUGCUUCAAAGAGUUCUACUGGUCGUUCAAUUAUAAAGAAGAUACUCUUAUGAAUACACACUAAGUUCUCAAAAACUUGUACAUUCCAUUUUUAUUAACAUUUGUUUGUGUACUGUUAUACCCCCUACUUCACUAACUUUGCUUUUAUUACUUAUAUUAAAUUAUUGGAUAUAUGUCUAGUUCCAAUUAUACAUAAUCCUUCCAGUUGUUAAAAAAUUGACCUUAUCCUAUAUUCAUGUUAAGAUUUGUUAAAUACCUUAUGUGAGUUAUUUUCCUAAUGAUAGAACGGUAUAUGUGUAGUGUUACUGUGUUUUAUCUUUGUAUUCUUGUCUUCUGGGUGUAAAAGUAAAACAAUAGCUCGGAUUUCAGAUUUUAACGAAACGUUUAUUAAGUAUUUAGAUAGGCAGGCUUCUGUAAAAAAUCGUUGAUAAAUAUAUUCUGUCGACUACCCAGUAAUGCUUGUCAACAUUAUCAUGUUAACGAAGUGAAAGCUAGAGAAGGAAUGCCUAAUAGAGACAAUUUCAUUUAAGAUCUCCAGGUGUUAACGUGUAAGUCCAUUACCGUAUAUCAGAAUACAAAUAGACUUUGGUCUACAUAAAGUCAUUCGGCAAUAACGAAAGCUUUGAAAGUCUAAAUAAGCAAGUUUUAGUGAUGUAGAUAAUAAAAACGCUGGUAUGACUACUUCAAUAUGAGUAUAACAGUUAGUGUAAAAUAACCCUACAAUUUCAUUCGCGUGCGACACUUAUGAUAACUAUGGUGUAUUUCUAGUCUAAGAUGCAGACUAUUGAGAAAAGCACACGGGAUUCGUUCCGUCCUAUGGAUUUAUAAUAUAUAGGCUACUAAUAUGAUUAUUUGAUUGCAAUUUUUUUAGCUCAAAACUUAUCAGUCUGAUAUGAUUCUCU